AUGACAAGUACCACAACUUCAACACCUCCAGGUCCUCUCGCCUCCAAGUCGUCCAAGCUCAUUAUCGUGGGCGGUGGAGGCACUAUGGGGUCCUCAACGGCACUUCAUCUUGCUCGAAGAGGCUACACGGAUAUUACGAUCAUGGACAUAGCCAGCGCGGAUGAUGUAGACGGCUUCGCUGGUUGUACAGCCAUGUGCUGGGAUGCCUGGACGACGGACCCUCUCUUCAAGCCCUUUGCACAUGAAGUCGGCAAGGUAUUCUCACUGUCGAAGGGGAGGAUGAGGAGCUUGAAUACGAAGAACAAGUACAAACGGAUGAGCGACCUUGGCCGUGAAGACAUCAAAAGGUUGGAUAACGUAGACGAGGUUCGAAAGGCUGCACCUCAUCUCGCCAAAGCCGAUAUCGCUGCAUUCACUUGUACAAGAGGCGGUUGGGUGGCAGCCCCAGAUGCUCUCGAUGCUGUGGGUCGCGAGCUUCAAAAGGUUGGCGUCAAAGCCAUCUUUGGAUCCUCUGGCACUUUUGACUCCCUUACCCUGGGUAACGACGACGAGACAGUCAAGGGCGUAAGGGCCAAAGACGGCUCUGUAGUUGAAGCCGAUCUGGUGGUCGUUGCGACUGGAGCGUGGACGCCUGCUCUUAUCGAUCUCGAAGGUCAAUGUGUCAGCAAGUGCUGGUGCUUCGCUCAUAUCCAGCUGACGCCCGAGGAGGCUGCCGAGUUGAAAGUCAUCCCAACAGUGUAUAGCAGCGUGUACGGGUUCUUCUUUGAACCUCGCCCCGACAAUCACCUUCUCAAACUCGUGAACGAGUUCCCUGGGUACACCAACUUCCAGUCAUGCCAGCCAUUUGGAUCCUCUACCGUGCAGCGCAUCUCUGUACCCAGGUCUCAUGCCGAUCAUCCGGAUGACACCAUGCCUCAGCCCUGCCUUGAAGAGAUUGAACGCCUCGUUCAAAAGACUCUACCUCAUCUUUGGCUCAUCUGCGAGCAUCCGAAAUGGAAAGGGGUGGUCGUAGCCCCUGGCGACAGUGGCCGGACCUUCAAUAUGCUGCCUGUCGUCGGUGGACAGAUCGCCGAUCUGAUUGAAGAUAAGUUGUCUGAUGAGCGACGCCAUGCUUGGCGAUGGAGGCCUGGGGCUGGCGACCCCAAGGGAAAGGGAAGACCGGGUCCUCGAGCCUUGAAUCUUUCUGAAGUAGAGACUACCUGGCAACAGGAUUAA